CCAUGUUACAAUAAAUUGUGUUCAAUGAGCCGGGGGACGAAAUAGAAGUGCGCACUCACUUCCUGAUGGAGUUGUUGCGAAGAAUAAAAAUACACAUUUACCCAUCCUGCUAGACCAGUUAUGUUCGACUGUCGACGUGAGAGCGAAACGCCACUUUUGUUUAAAGGACGUUGUUGAUGGAGUUUUUGUUCAUGAAUAAAAGACAUCGCCACGUCCAGAGAGCCGGUGCUGGUGAGCUAAAAAAGCCCCGUUGCUGGCUGACGUGAGCUAGUAAUGUCUCUGUCCACCGAUAUGCUCGAGACACCCCCUGGAUAUCCAUUUGAGGAGAUUAAUUAUGAAGACAUUGACGUGGAGGAGGUAGUGGGACGAGGAGCUUUUGGGGUGGUUUGCAAAGCCAAGUGGAAAGGCAAAGAUGUUGCAAUCAAGACUAUUGAAAGUGAAUCGGAAAGAAAAGCAUUUAUUGUUGAGCUCCGGCAGCUUUCACGUGUGAAUCACCCUAAUAUUGUGAAGUUGUAUGGCUCGUGCAAUAAUCCAGUCUGCCUUGUGAUGGAAUAUGCAGAAGGUGGAUCACUCUACAAUGUGCUGCAUGGUGCUGAACCCCUCCCCUGUUACACUGCUUCCCAUGCCAUGAGCUGGUGUUUACAGUGCUCCCAGGGUGUGGCCUACCUCCAUGGCAUGAAACCAAAGGCUCUCAUCCACAGGGACCUCAAGCCACCCAAUUUGCUGCUUGUGGCUGGCGGCACUGUGCUUAAGAUAUGUGACUUUGGAACGGCAUGUGACAUUCAGACUCAUAUGACGAACAACAAAGGAAGUGCAGCAUGGAUGGCUCCAGAGGUAUUUGAAGGUAGCAAUUACAGUGAGAAGUGUGAUGUAUUCAGCUGGGGGAUAAUUCUCUGGGAAGUGAUCACACGCAGGAAGCCCUUUGAUGAAAUUGGAGGACCGGCUUUCCGUAUUAUGUGGGCAGUGCACAAUGGCACAAGACCACCGUUAAUCACAAAUUUGCCCAAGCCAAUUGAGAGUUUGAUGACCCGCUGUUGGUCAAAAGACCCCUCUCAGAGGCCUUCCAUGGAAGAGAUUGUGAAGAUCAUGACUCAUCUUAUGAGGUACUUUCCUGGAUCUGAAGAACCCCUGCAAUGUCCGUACCAGUAUUCAGAUGAUGGACAGAGCAGCUCUGCAACUAGUACAGCUUCAUAUGUGGACAGCACCAGCAACAAAAGUGAUGCAAACAUUGAGCACAGUGAUUCUCAAGGGAGCAGCGACACCAUUAAGAUCACACCGCAGUUUCCGUCUCACUUCAAGCCAAAGUGUGAGCCAAUGAGGACUCUGCCUCUUUCGAGAGGAGGCAGUUUUGAAAGUCUGUCUGUGCGAACACAAGGCUUGACACCAUCCGACAGUAAACGAAUGAGUGCUGACCUUUCAGAACUGGAGCCCAACAUGGGAUUCACACCAGCAGCACGUCCCCAGUAUAAACGAGGCCAUCGUAAAACAGCGUCAUAUGGCACCAUCCUGGACAUUCCCAAGAUCGUCGUCACAGCCACAUGUGAGCCUCAGAGACGUCGCUCCGUACAGGAUUUGCCAGGCAUUGGCACAGAGUCCUCCCAGGGAUGCAGAAACAGCAGAGGUUACAUCUCGCCUGAUGAGCCCAAAGACACCAACGGCUCAGACAAUUCCAUUCCCAUGGCUUACCUCACGCUUGAUCAUCAGCUUCAGCCCUUAGCUCCUUUCCCCAACUCAAAAGAAUCCAUGGCUGUUUUUGAGCAACACUGCAAAAUGGCUCAAGAAUAUCUGAAAGUGCAGACAGAGAUUGCUCUGCUGAUCCAGAGAAAAAAAGAACUAAUUGCUGAACUGGACCAAGAUGAGAAGGACCAGCAGAACACAUCCCGUCUGGUGCAAGAGCACAAAAAACUACUGGAAGAAAACAAGAGUCUAUCCACAUACUACCAAAAGUGCAAAAAACAGCUGGAGCUAAUCCGGGUCCAGCAGCAGAAGAGACAGGGGACAUCGUGAUGACAUUUCCCAUCAUAGACGUGAUAUGAACUCCUGCCAUUCAACUCAAACAAGUAUAUAAACAAACUCAUAACAGUUCCCAGUCCAGUGCUGAUGUGCCUUGCAUGUCGCACACUGUAGUCGCUUUGCCUCUGUCCAACAGGAAGGUAUCUUCUGUACAUAUAUUGCACAUCCUCACAGUGUAUUCUGUGAUUGUCGACCAAACAAUCACUGGCCUGCUGGGUUUCAGAAUGGAGCUUUGCUUCUAUUGCGGCCUUGUAAAAUGGCAGGCUGCUGAAGGCUGGAUUGUGUAUUUCUACAUGUUGCUCUCAGGGCCUCUUGGAUGACCAGUUGAUGUUUUUUUCAUUCCUCAGCAUCCUCUGGGGGACUCAGUAACAGUUUAGCAGCCAAUGGACACGCUGUCCUCAAUAUGUGAAAAAAGCAAGAAGUUCAGCAACAAGUUCUAUUGCAGAAUUCUGAGAAUAUGGGGGAUGUCUGUUGUGCAAAAGAUGCACCCUGUAUCACAUAGUAUUUCAUCUUCCACCUCCUGUACGAACACAUUUUCCUCUCAUGUAUCUUUAUUCUAGAAAUGACUUUAUUACCAUGUACUGUAUAUAUAUA